AUGGACUGCCGUCUUCAUCUUUUUCUAACUGCCCUGCUUAUAGGCACCGUCUAUUCUGAUUCUCAGAUUCUGAUUUUGAAGAAUUAUUUAAAUGGGACGACUACAUCUGUCAGCAAUGCUGAGGUGAGACCAACCAGCUUUGAAUUACUUUAAACUGGGGACGUUUAAGGACGGCGCUAGUCUGUACGUUGCAUCUAAUGACAAAGCCGAUUACUUAAAAAACAUAGCAGUGAAUACUGGGGGAGUGACAUAUUUGUAAGUUUUGUAAUUUUGACAUAUUACAAGUAAAUCACCUGCAGACUCUCUGACCUCGCUCAACCAAACUCUGAUGGAACUUCCAAGAAGACCCCUAUCAGCGGAGGACUUACAAUCACAACCACAAACCCUAACACUGUCACGUAUACAUUGACUGGGUAUCUCUACCUGACUACCGCUCAGCAAGCUCAAGGUAUACUGCUCUACGUGUACUAAACUCUUCUGUUCCUCUUUUGCAGACAGCUCGUUCAGUGUUUACGCGAUUACUGGAAACCAUCACAUCAGUACAACUGGCACCAGAAGCACAGUAGUCAUUCUGAAUACUCAGUUGCAAGCCACCUCUGGAGACGCCGAUCAGCCGCAGAAGUCCUCGUAUGUCAGUGAAAUUCAACAGGACGCAGUGAGCUGAUUACCGCCUGAGACCAGUCUCAAAGAGGAUGUUUCAGAACUCGACACUGUAUUUCCAAUGGGGAGUUCCACCGGUUAAUUAUACAAACACUGUCAAUAACAAGUUUUUCGAGAACCCAGUGAACAUUGUGAACAGCGAUCAAACGACAACAACAAAGUUAGUAGAAAUUAUUCAUGUUUUUAUGAAACUGGACGUUUACAGGUUCUUUUCCAAUGUCGAACCUCUUCAAAUUGGAAUUGAUUACUGGUAUUUCACUGCCAUCGGCUCGGUCAAUCUUCGUGUACAGAACAAUUUUGGUAGGACGAGAUUCCCAGUUUUCCGUCAGGUUGAUAUUUUAGUUGGGGACCACGUUUACAACACGACUGCCGCUGACACUACUGGACUUUUGAUCAACAGUAACACGUUCUUCUAUCAACACGUUGUCAACUUCCAGCAAGAUCCAACUCGUUCCAGAACUGUCGGAACUUUUGUGAGUUAGAUUAUUGAAAGGAUGAGUGUGACUGAUCAGAUUUCAGAUUUCGGCAACAAUCCCUCGUCAGGUUCAAGUCAAUUUUGUCCUCGCUGAUGCCGCAGGGAAAGUGUCUACUCAGACGUAUGUAUUUUUAACAAUUCUUGACCGAUGAGAAGAUCUUUUCAGUUUCGACAACACAAAGAAUAGCUCCGAGAUUUGGUCAACCUAUUCAUUGAAUGCUACACAGCUCACGGUUAACUCGACGGACAGCGUUGCAGGAGUCUUCUAUUGCCAGUACUUCAUUUUUAGUAAGCAUGGCUUUCUUAUCAUUCAAAUGAGCUUAUGAUUUAUUUGCAGGCAACGAUGCUUCGGCGACCACACCCUCAGCGCCCGUCACACAGCCUUCCGGUCAGACUACAGCUAUUCCGAUCACCGGGUCCACAGUCACAUCAGGUACUGUGACUACUCCUUCCGUGACUUCCUCUUCUCCCGUAAUCACUACUCCCUCCACUGUUGCUCCGAGCACACCUAGCACACUCUCUUCGACUAGUGCUCUAAACACGAAUAUCACACUUUCUCUUACUAGUGCUUCUGUUACAAACUCUAUUAUAACUACAGUGACCACCGCUGCUAGCAAGGCGCCCAACAACGCUUCUAGCACUGCUCCGAGCUCCACCACACCCGCAACCACCACCCAAUCUUCUCGAUCUCUCUUCACGUUUGACCUGUUCUCGUUGUUUAUUGUAAUUUCCCUGUUCUUCUUGUGAAUGAAAUUUUCUAAACAAACUAUUUCUACAAACCCAUUGGGCAGUAAUUCACGUGUCGGGGCCAGGAAAAAGACAUGCUUGCUGAUAACAGACAUUUAUCACCUAAAACACUUAUCAAUAGGUGUGAAACGCAUAAAAGCAACAAAAAAGUAUGAAAUCAUUUUAUCAUCCAAAAGAUGAGAACGUACGUGCUAGUUGCCUGUGUAGCCCUUCUGCAGACAAGUUUGUCUGCUGAACUAAAGCAACUGAGUGAUUACACUUCCGUCGACCCAGUGAGCAUUUCGAACGUGGAGGUAAGGCCGUCAUAAUCUCUUCCACUAAUUGUGUGUUUUUUAUCAGGAUGGCUCUAAUCUGUACCUCGUUUCAAGCGAUAAAGCAAAGGUAUUGAGCGAAAUAACAUUGGUUUCCAAUGGUCAAAGUAUAAUGUAAGAUCGAAUAGACCCUUUUGAUAUUAGUUUAUUUAGUUCAAAAUUUCAGAGCCAGCGAACUAUUAGGGAGAUUCGAUGACAACGGAUACCAAAAAGGAUGGCCAGUUGGAAAAGAUUUGAUGAUUGGCACAUUUAAUACUGAAAAUGUCACUAAGGAAUUGAAUGGCCUUCUGUUCAUUUCUAGUCCCGACAUGGCCAAAGAUCCUAACUUUCUGGUUUACGUUGUCAAAGAUCAAACAUUCACAGUUGAUCGUUCUGAAAAUGCGGAAACGACGCUUGUCCUUCUGAAUCAGCGUGUUAGCAAAACAGCCACUGACCCUGUUUACAAGUCAUUCUACAAUACACGAGUCGAAAACUUUGUACAGCCGAAUGUAACUUUUCUCAAACAAAUUCUCACAUUUUACUAAUUUUUAGACAACUAAACUCUACAUUUACCGUUCAAUUCCCGGAGAUGGAUACACAGAUCCAACUUAUAAGGAGACUGUCGGAAAGUUAAUCUUUACGAAUCCCGUUAGUUUGUUGCCCACCGAAAACCCCGAUGCUAACACAGUGUAGGGAAAUAAAAAGUCUCGAAUUGAUUAACCGGAAUAAUUUAGCUUUUUCGACAAUAUUGAACCGAUUCAAUAUUCACUUAUGAGCUGGCACAUUCGAGCAAUCGGGGGAAUCAAAUUUAAUGUCAGCCGAAAUUGGGGUCAGUUCAUAACGAGAGCCGCCUAAAUUGAGUUCCUGCUUCAGUUGAUCAAUCUACGUAUCAAACUACUAAAGAAACGACAACUGGAUACACAAUGAGCCAAUUGUUCACCUACAACACAACAGUGAACUUGAAGAACAAUCCGAAUCACGAUGGAACGUUCGGAAUGCUCGUAGGCUCCAAAGAUAAUUGUAAUGACAUUGUGUAUUUCUUUACAGUUGACAACAACGGAACUGUUCGCAGAUGUGGAUAUCACAAUGUGCAGUGGCACUGUUGAAUGUCAAAGUCUUCCGUGAGUCACCUGGUACUCGGAUUGUGCAAAGAUAAAGUUCUACAGACUGGACCACAACGUCGGAGUAGUUGCAGAUUUCUUUCAGUGGAGUCAAAACACAACUAACCUCUAUAUUGUCCCAACAAAAGUGGAUUCCGGAAUUUACUAUAUUCAGUACUUCCGAAUUGGUUUGUUAUCGUUCGAUUGUCCGAAAAUGUACGUUAUUUACAGAAGGAAAUCUUCUGAGCAGCUUGACAACCGUCUCUUCUUCUGUACCGACGACGACGACGCAGUCCGUGCCAACGACUACACAGAGUGGUGGCAACUCGCUUCCAAUUUUCUCUAUAUUGCUCGCACUUUUGCGCAUUUUUGUAUGAUUCAGCUCUUGAUAAGUUAUUUGAAUGACUGUCUGAUUAAUUAAAAACGCCCUGAACAUCUUGAGACUCGAAAAGGACACAUUUCACAGUCAUCUCUCCAGUGACGUGUCUGACUGUCCACACCUAACUCGAUUAUCAGCACCCGCGAGCAUAAAAAUGAGGGUGCGUCCUUCCUUUCCACUUUGUCACUUUCUCGCUUUUCAAAAUGAGAACAGCACUCGCUUUUCUGUGCCUGAUCUCUUCGGUUUCCGCCAUCUCAUCCUCCUUACAUUCCCUAACCUGGUACAGUAAUACAACAACGCCUACACCAAUUGAAGUAGCGGUAGGUACUUUUAGAUGUGAUUUUGUAUUUAUAAAUGCGUGUUUCAGAAUGGAUCCAGCAUUUAUUUGACGUCUUCAGAUAAAGCUGCCUACCUGGCACGAAUUACAUUGUCGACGGGAGGACAGACCAUUACGUAAGUCAUAAAACAGCUUUUGGAUUUCAUUGCGCUUAUUUUUGGCUCGACAAACUGCUGUCGAGGUUCGACGACGAUGGCUUCCAAAUUGGAUGGCCCGUUUACAAUGAUCUGACUAUUUCCACGACAAACAAUGAGAACAUCACUAAAGAGUUGCGAGGAAAUCUAUUCGUGGCUACUCCCACUAUGGCUCAAGGUGUUGCUUUCACGGGGAAACAUUAUUGAGUUCGUUUUUUACAGACCCAAACUUCCUCGUCUAUGUAGUCAGAAGUUCGAGAGUUAUCGACAGAAGCGACAAGGACAACUCGACUAUCGUCUUUCUCAACGUACGCAACACCAACGAUGGAAAUCCGAUCUAUAAGGGAUUCACGCACACGCGAAUUCAUAAUAUUGUUCAACCAGAAACGACAGGAUUGUGCUUUUAUCGAGGAGAGCCGGAUGACUACUAUGGGGAUCUGAACGAUGAGCACACGUUGGUCAAGAGAAUCUUCUCGAACCCACUACAAGUAUCCUCUACUGGCGAUCCGAGCAAGGAUUAUUUCUUCUUCAAUAACGUUGAUCCAAUUCAAUAUUCACUUCAAGUGUGGUUUAUGAAAGCUAUUGGAGGAAUACGAUUGGAUGUCAGCGAUGAGUACGGUAGGAAAUGCUUGAGAAAAAUACGUUUAGCUUACGCUCAGUGUUUCAGUUGACACUACCAGCAUUCAGGCGACCGCGGUGACCACAACCGGACUCGCCAACAGUCAAUUAUUCAACUACAACAGUUCUGUCAGCUUUAUUUCGUCAGGGGACAAUCUUGGAAUUUCUGGGUGGUCGUACACAACGGAAUUGUACAGCAACACUAAUCUUACAUUGACUCUUAACGGAAAGGGCGAUCUGAGUGAAUCUGAGACGUGAGCCAUUUCGGCUUUUAAUUUAAAAAGUACUAGAAUUAUAGGGUGGUAACAGCGAACUUGUUUAGUCAUUUCUACAAGGCUACAUGGCCUGCCGAGAACAUCGGAAUUUAUCCAUCACAGACAAGUGCUGGUAUCUACUGGAUCCAGUAUUUCAAAGUUGACCAGGGACCAGUCACUACUACACCAGCUCUCCCGUCUUCGUCUUCUACUUCUUCCACUUCUAAAACGGCUGCACCAACGACUUCUUCGAUCGUUUCUUCAGCAGCUACAAGUGCUGCUACUCCUGCUCCAACUACUCCUUCCGCUUCCACGGCUACUCAAAGCACGACUCAAAAUGUUGAGACAACGACUCAAUCUGCAUCAACAUCAUGUGCUAUUCUAACCUUUUUUGUCUCUAUCGUGCAUCUCUUUCAUCGUGUUUAACUUAUGCUGACAACUGAAAUGGGUGUUACCUGACUGGCAAAUAAAUGAGUCAAUGAUAACGGAAACGUCGUCUAAUUGUCAGCCAACGUGUGCAGAACGUUUUUAUGGGCACUUGGCAAAGUUCGAAAAGUCGAGGGACAAACUCGGAGCAGUCUGUGUUAUAAAAGGAACUCUGAUAAUUGGAUGCGUCACGCGGGUCUGUCUGAGUACGGCCGCACUGUGUUAUCAGUGACUUCACUUCUACUUCUAUAAAAGCGACGAAGGCGCAUUUUCUCCGUUUCGCAGCCAGCUCAGUUAUAAUGCGUUUCUUAUCAGCAAUUUUUCUACUUUUUGGCAGUACGUUCGCCAGGAUUCGGCUUGCCGAUAUCAGUAUUACCGGAGGAUUUAUAACUCUGCCGGUAGAGGUAAGAGCAAGUGAUACUUUUCAGAAUGAAAACUAAAUCUUCGUUCAGAAAGGAGCGAAUUUGUAUGUGCAAUCUAACGAUGACGAAGGGCUUUUGGGCAAGAUUAAAAUUACGAACAACUUGAAUACGAAGACGUAAGUUUCUGAGAUUUGACAUAGCAAUAACCAAACUGUUUCUAGAGCUCUGGAAUUGUCCAAAAUGGGAACAAACUUGGAUGGCACCAAAACUGCGUGGCAGAUCACCGGUGAAGUCACGAUCAGUUCCACGAAUACAGAAAUGGAGGCGGAAAGAUUGACGGGAUUCGUGUACUUCACGACUUACACUCAAGCUAACGGUAUUAUCAAAAUUCACAAAUAGUAUCAGAUGACAUGUUCAGACAAAAGCUUUCUGGUUUAUGCGGUGGACAGAAAUACUGUUAUUAGCUACAAUGUCGACGAUCUCACGCUGGUUUUUCUUAACCAGAAUCUUGGACUUGAGAAUCAGCCACUUUAUGUUCCAGAGAAGUCCUCUCAAGUUUACGAAUAUCUCUCAUCUGCGGUAGGUCAUCAGUUAUCCACUAAUCUUCCGAAUUCGCCAUUUUCAGGACGGUAAUGUGUUUAUCUACUGGGAUGAACCGACUGAAUCUUACAAAAACGAAAACGCAGAUGAUAGCAAACAAAGGAUUAUAUUCCAAAAUCCAUUGUAUCUAACUACGUGGCAAUUUUUCGAUUCUGUCGAGCCGUUCCAAAUCUUCAGCGACGUCUGGUAUGUGAGGGCGAAAGGGCAAAUCAGAUUUCAAGUUCGACCAAAAUGGGGUAAGACAUGAAUUUAAAAAAAACGCACGUUAUUGAGAAAUGCAGAUGAUCCGAACGGCACGGCAACUACCAAGGUGACGACGACAGGGCUCGUGACAUGCUCUUUUGCGCCUGAAAAUUUGACUAUACACAUGGCAGCAAAUCCAGAAAAUGCAGCUGUUGCGGGAUUUUAUGUAAGGAAUGAGUAAAACGGUACAAAAUAUUUCUCAAAAGUUUAGGUACUCUACAAUGUAAUCUAUCCGGUUCGGAUCGGAAUUGAUGCAUUCCAAGUUGGGUAAGCGAGAAACCGAUGACAAAAAAGUGCUGAGCUUCCCAUUUCAGAAUCGAUACACAGAAUACGACCAGAUAUAACAGACAGGGAGGAUGGGGUGAAACAGGGACGAAAUCCUUCCAGAUUCUCUCUCAAUAUGAUAUCGCAGGUCGAUAUGCUGUGCAAUACUUUCAAAUAGGUUACUUUCUCAAUCAUUUCUUUCGGUACAACUUUUUUGUUUUGCACAGAAGGAGCUCCACUCCCGACAACUACUCCGGGACCUUCGACGACUUCACAAACAAUAGUUUCACGGACAGUAAGCACGACAACUACAGUACCGACGACAACGAGGGCGGCAUCGUCUGCUCGCGACUUUUUGAUAAAUAUGAUAACGCUAGUUGUUGUGAGAAACUACAUUUUAUAAGAAAUUUAAUAAAAUGUUUCGAAUUGGCCAGUUUUGAAGCGGAAAGUGUGUGAACAGUGAAACGGAAGAGUUUCCUAUGCUUCUGGUGUUUCUAGGCCAUGAGACGAAAAGUUCGGCCAGACGUUCGAUUUAAGUUUUUUAUGCGCGCACUUGCGUUUUUCCUCUAUAUAUUGAUCCAUUCACGAUGCGUGCGUUCUGCUAUUUUCGAUAUUCAAAAAGAAAAUCGAUUACUUAAUACUCUUGUUUCACUUCUCAGUUCUAAUUUAUCAGCAGACAUGUUUCUUUUUCAGCGGAAUGACCAGACACGGAAAGAAUUCCACUGCCUCAUCGGUUUACACUUACCACGAGCGAAGAAGAGAUGCCAAGGUUUGAAUUGAAAUAAAACCAAGUUCAAAACGAUAAUAAAAGAAGUUGUAGGCUAGUGGUUACGGAACUCUACACGCUCGUCUGGGUGCUGAUUCGAUCAAGGAAUUCCACUGUUGCUCGCUGACUCUUCAACCAUGCAGGUAAAGAGCAUUGAUCUUUUACUGAAAAUUAGGGAUGCAGAACAGGCGCAGGCGCCUAAAUUAGCCUGUUUUGCAUCCAAACUGAAAAUCAAUAAUUUCUGUCAGAACUCCGGUUGUGUCUCCCGACGGCUUCAUUUUCGAUCGUGAGGCUAUUCUGGAGAACAUUCUAGCACAGAAGAAGGCGUAUGCCAAGAAGCUGAAAGAAUAUGAAAAGCAAGUAGCCGAAGAGAGUGCGGCGAGACAGACUGAAGGACAAGCGGAAGUUCUCACGAAGAGAACAAAGUUUUCGGCGAUUGAAAGCACUCCGAGCCGUACGGGAGCCUCUGCCACGCCGCGUGUAGAAUCCGGAUCUCUGGUUUGUAGAACGCUCUGUGACCUUUUUCAAUUUUGAUGAUUGCAGAAACGGCCAGGAGGCGUAAUAUCAAGUGAAAUAGCUGCCAAAGUGAAAGCUCAUGGCGAAGAAGGUGACAUGUCAAACAUGAGAGGCGCAAAAAGCACUUCACUUCCGAGUUUCUGGAUACCUGAACUCAAUCCGACCGCCGCUGCUUCUAAACUGGAAAAACCGAGGUCGAAGACCUUGUGUCCGGUUUCCGGAAAGCCCAUCAAAAUGAAGGAGCUGAUGGAAGUCCAGUUCACGCCGAUGCCAGGCACGGAGACAGCCGCCAAGCGAAGAUUCGUUUGUCCAGUGACGAGAGACGAACUGACGAACACGACGAGAUGUGCUUAUCUCAAGAAAUCGUAGACUCCAUCCCUAUAAUUUUGAUUAAAAAAACUCAAUUUCAGGAAAGCAGUUGUGAAGUACGAUGUUGUGGAGAAACUGAUCAAAGGUGACGGCGUGGAUCCAAUCAACGGAGAGCCGAUUAGCGAAGGCGACAUCAUCGAAUUGCAAAGGGGAGGAACUGGAUACGCUGCCACGAAUGAAGUCAAGGCGAAGCUGAUCAGACCUCAACUCGAACUUCAAUGA